AUGAAAAAUCUUGAUCAAUUUUAUUUAAAAUUUUAAGAUGUCUUUGAACACCUUGAAUAAAGCAACAAAAAGAAAACUGCCAUAUUAUAUGCAGUAGCUAGCUAAGUUUUCUUUACAGUUAUGUAUUAUUGUGUUACCCUACUGAAAGGAGAGUACUCUUCUAUGCAAAUAAUCAAUAUGAGAAUGAUUCUUGGCUUUAUUUUUAAUACUCUGUAUUGCUCUGCGAAUAAGGUUGAGGUUUAUAGUGAUUAAUCUAAAGUUUUUAAAUUACUCACCCUUAGAGGUUUACUUGGAGGUCUAAACAUGACUUUUGUUUUUACUUGCUUUACAUUGAUGACUAUUUCUGAUGGUUCUAUCCUUGUUAAUACGAGUCCGAUUUGGACUAAUUUCUUAGCUGCAAUUUUUUUGGGCGAACAAUUAUCUAAAAAAGCUUUUGGGUUUUGUAUGCUUUCCUUUUUUGGUAUAAUAUUAGUGUGCAGACCUGCUUUUUUGUUUGGAUAGUCAACAAGCUCUUAAGAUUAAAACUAAUUUCUUGGAACAAUUUAUGGAUUAGCAGGAAGCCUCUUUGUUUCACUAGUUGCAAUUGUUAUUAGAAAACUUUCUAAAUACAACUGUAAAGGGGCUAUGCAUAUGCAAUAUCAUUAUUUUAUCAGCAUAAUUUUCACUUCUGUAAUCCUGCUUACUGACAGUGAAAGACCUUUUAUAAUUACAUUUAAAUUCUGCUAUAUAAUGCUUAUUUUGUCAUUUAGUGGCUUUGUGGCUUAACUUUUGUAAUCUAAAGCUCUUUCCCUUGAAAAAGCUUCUAUAAUAUCUCCUAUGAAGUAUCUACAAGUGCUUCUCUCUUUUAUGAUUGAUAUUUUUGUUCUUAAAAGUGAGAUGUUUAUGACCAGUAUGGUUGGUGCUGGUCUAAUUAUACUAGGGAGUGUAGGUAUUGUUAUGUGA